CCCGACGUCCCUCACGCCUUUCCCGUCACUUUGCGCCUGCGAAACCACCUGCACCCCCAGCUGCAACCCGCCUGCAUCUGCUGCCCAUCGUCUUCCUCGCUGCCGUCUUACCUUACCUUAAGGCUUAUCCCCAAAGCAACCGCAUCCCCCAAAAUUUCGGCACCAAUUCAGUUUCCUCAUUGCAUCAUCCAACGACCACUGCGUUACAUUUGUCGACUGGCAGUAUUGAAGGACCGACAAUCCGCAAAGGGAGGAACCGAGAGGGAACAACCAGCUAGCUGUCAAGAAGACGACCAACCGUUGCCUCAAAAUCAGCUGAGAAGAAAGUCGCAUCGCGUCGACGGGGGAAGGAUCGAAAUACGAGGCUGCGAAACAGGACCCGCUUGCUCGACCAGCCACCCGACAACAUAUUCCUCAUCUUCGCCAACUUUUGCAAACAACCAUCAACCUCAAUCAACUCUAAGAACGAGAGGAGCAGAUCGGACUUGUAGCUACCGGCCGACCGUUACCGUUUUGCCGCCUCGCCGUUCCAUGUACACCUCAACAACGCGACUCUAAUACUAGUUACGCCAUUCGAAUCCACUCGUCCUCGAGACAUUAACGCCUUUGUUCUUGUCGCCUGCAAAAGCACUUGAAUUUGGGAACACUUGACGUUCAAAGGAAAGGGACACCCAUUGGCACGUAGCUGUUAGUCUCGCCGCAAACGUCAGCCACAAUGGGUUCAACACAGUUUGGCAAUUUUUUUAACUUCUGCCGAGACUCAACACUACCCGUCUGCAAUGUGCUGUCCGACAGCCAUAGUCAAUCUGGCCCGUGGGACCAAUGCGUGUUGAAGGGUAUCUCCCUCAGCGGAGGCCGCAAGCUGGGAAAUCUCGGCUCAAUUCUCAUUGCCGCCCUUGCUAUUGUCGUGACACUUUUUCUAUUGCUGCGGUCUGAGCGCAAGAAGGCUGCAGUAGGUCGGAGGGAAAUGCAAUUGUUCCUUGUCAGCUUUAUCAUUAUUGAAAUAUGCGAGAUCUUUACCGUUGGAGACUUUCCAUUGGCGGAAAACGUUCGAAUCGCUUUUACCGGAAUUCAUCUCGGUAUGAUUAUUGCAUCGACCUGGAUCCUCAUGCUUAACGCGGUCGUUGGCUAUCAAAUCGUCGACGAUGGAACGCCCAUGUCCAUGGGCCUGAUCAUUGCCUCCGCCACUAUCCUCUUGGGCGGUACACUUUACAUCACGCUCGAUACCGGCUUCAAGUGGACGGGUUACUGGGACUCUUCGUACACCGCGCCAAACCGCCAUAUUGCUCUCUACGUCUUGUACCAGCUUGCGCCGCUAAUUUUCCUUGUUGCGUUUUUCGUUCUCGAAGCUAUCCUCGUCGUUCGGGUUCUCGGCGAGAUGCGGCCGAUGAUCUACUUGACGGCAGCCUUGCUCCUCUUUGCCAUUGGUCAGAUCUUCAACUACGUCGUGAGCUCUCACAUCUGCAAUGGCACCAAUGGUGCGAUUGACGGCGCGCUAUUCGAGACCUUGUUCACCCUGCUUGCUGUCGUGGCAGUCUGGGUGUUCUGGUCUAGCAUCACCGAGGAUGAUUGGCCCAUGCCUGUCGGAACCACCUUCCCCUAGAAAGGAGGCCGCUCUACUAUCAAAGGGGAAAACGGUAUGAUGAGACCGUACGCAAAAAAUUGGUCGAGCACUUGAACAGCGAAGUCCGCGCGACAAUGUGGCUGCUUCUUACUUGCAAAGCAGCGAUGGCCAGGCAGCAUGUCUGGGGUCACCAUUCAUGCCCUAGCAGCGAGUCCGGCUAUCCUCGAUGUCACGCCAUGCCUAGCUGUGUCUUUCCGUUAUGGAGAUACGGUCACCAGCCGCCUUCCACCAGGCCAUACAGCAGCGAACAGACGACGAUGCGCGAGGUUGAGCUAGUGGCAUGGAGCCCACGAAGAUGCACAAUAUGGCUGCACCCAUAAUCGAUCCUGGAGACACCCAUGUCUACUCUGGAUAUUUUCUUUACACUCUUUAGCACCGCCGAACCCAAAUACUCGAACGACGUGCACGAAUUUUGAAUACCGAGAGCAUGCGAUAAGACACAUGCUGAAUAUUUCAUAAUUUCAAUCUCACCAAAUCCUGAGAGAUUUGGAAUGGUAAUGAGACGAAGUGCUGCGUCGGCAGUAUAAAUCAGCGGAGAAGGAGAGGGGAGAUGCCUUUGGGGCAUUAUGACGUUUGGAAGAGGAUUUUAUGCUUGAAAAGCGCAGAUGCAUGAGACGAUGAAUGGACGCGCGAGACGUCUCGUCUUGUUUGUACAGCGUGUUGAUUUUGAUAUUCUACGUAUUGGCGGACAGUAUACCCCAGAGGAGCGACUAAUGUAUAUGAAAGUCGAAUGAUGGAAUUGACAGAUGAAUGGUUUACUCUAC